AUGGCUAUGGGCUCGCCAUUGUCAUCUGUGAUUGCCAACAUCUAUAUGGAAUACUUCGAGGAUCUAGCAUUGGAACCUGCACCUCUCGUACCAGCAGUGUGGCUUCGAUACGUUGACGACACUUUCGUCCUACGGGAACAUCAAGAGGACGUAACGUCAUUCCUGGACCAUAUCAACAGACCUCGACCAUCAAUCCAGUUCACAACGGAACAGGCCUAUCAGAGAAGAUAUGGAGAAUCUGUGGACGAUACAACAUCAGGACCAUCUUCAGAAGUAAUACAACACUCCGAAGAACACUCACCAAAGUCAGACCACACAUCUAAGGAGCAAACUGCAUAUAUGACAUUCCAUACAGUUGUGGUAGAUCAUACAAAGGAUAAACAGAUCGACCAUAGGAAGGCAACCAUCCAGGGCGAGAUCGACAAGUCUGGCAUAGCAGAACAUGCAUGGUCUGAUGGAGAACACAGACCAGCAUGGGACAAAGUCACUAUCAUCGACACUGAGCCGCAUUGGAAAAUAAGGAAGUAG